CAGCAGUAUUGCCUAAUAUUGCAACAAUAUUUGCAAUAUUUUGAAUAGCUUACAGGUAUCUUUAUAAAGCCAUUUACAUAAUUGUUAUAUCAGAUUUCGCAAUAUAAAAUUCGUAUUCUUAAUUGACUCGGUAACCACUUAUGCGAUUUCGGCCGAGUUUAACAAAGCGCGCCAGUCGUAUCUUACUUGUGCUAACGGGCGCCAGUUGGACAUACCAAGGCCUUCCUCAUCCUCUGCUACUACCAGCUGGUACCGCAUCGAAUACUUUAAGAGCCGGAGCGUUUGUAUCCAUUCGGACGACAUGACCCAGCCAACUGAGCCGCUGGCUCUUUAUUCCCCGCGCUAUGUCUAUAUAAAAUUACAACAGGCAAAACUAUAUUUGAUGAAAAAUACUCGUUUUAUGUUAGAUGGCAAAACAGAGAGAACCCUUUGAAUGAAUUUUCAAUCACAAAACAUAAGAAUCGAUAAUCACAAUUUGUCCAUGUCUCUAGAGAGUUGAAAUGGCGGAGAAAGAAGAUUACGAUCCCUAUGAGCAUCGGGAGGUAGCUCAUCCAAUUAGCAAUUUUGGCGCUUUUCUAAACGUCAUUAAAGCUAUAAUUGGCACUGGUAUCCUAGCUGCUCCUAUGGCUUUUAGAAAUGCAGGUUACCUACCUGCUAUAAUUAGCAGUAUUUUGAUAGGACUAAUCGUAAUCUACUCAAAAUUAAUUUUGCUAAGUGGAAUGUAUGAACUGUCCAGGCGGAAGCGUGUACCAUUAUUAUCGUAUGGUGAAGCGAUGAUGAUUGGAGUGACAGAAGGUCCUCCUUUUUUUCGUUGGUUGCGCUUCUUUCUAAACGAUCUUGUCAAGACAAUGCUUUUCGUGAAUCACUUCGGAGCCUGCGCCGUUUAUGUAAUUUUUAUAGCGAAUUGCAUGAAGGAUUUUGGAGAUUACUACUGGGAGGAACACGAUAAUCGCAUUUAUAUGGCAAUGGAAAUUGUGCCACUGUGCUUGAUCUUUUGUAUACCGAGCCUGAAAGCGUUGGUUCCAUUUGUACUCGUUGCGAAUAUCGCGCUCAUAUUUGGUUUCGCCAUAAUUUUCUAUUACAUAUUCUCGGAUAUGUCGGCAUUUUCGGAGAUGACUAGCUUUCAGGACAUUCAUUUAUAUCCUUUAUUCUUCGGAGCUACAAUGUUCGGUUUCGAUGCACCGGGAUUGAUAGUUUCUAUAGAGGCAAAUGCGAAAAAUCCUGCAGAUUUCCGAAGCACAUGUGGCGUCUUUGUGCAAGCCAUGUUAAUAAUUAUAACAAUGCAAACAGCUUUUGCUUUCUUUGGCUAUUGGAGAUAUGGUGAACAAAUUGCAUCGACUAUUCUACACAAUUUGCCCUUUAAUGCAGCGUUGGCUGCAAUGGCUCGUAUAAUUUUUGCCUUUAGUAUUUUUGUUUCCAUUCCUCUGCAAGGAUAUGUUCCUAUCGACAUUGUGUGGAAUAAUUGGUUGAAAGCAAAGGUAGCAGAAAAGAGAUCUUUUGCUCUGGAAAUGGUGUUUCGUAUUGCAAUCGCCCUCUCUGCAGUGCUAAUUGGUAUCGCCUGUCCUAAAUUGACUCUAGUUCUCUCGUUAAUGGGCGCACUUUGUAUGUCUUGCCUGGGAUUAAUACUGCCUGCCAUUUUAGAUAUUUGUGUCAAGUUCGAAACUGGUUAUGGCCCAUUAAAAUUGUAUCUCCUACUGAGCACGCUUUCAGUAUUUAUAGGCAUCGUUGGCGCAGUAGCUGGUACAUAUGUGGCUAUACACGAGUGGGUUCUUAUGUAUACCGAUAGAAAGCAUAUGUAUACAGAUAUAAAGUGA